GCCAACGACGCGUCGUGUCUCGCGAUAGUUGUGCCACCUUAUAAGUGACCGUAAGCGCCAGGAUGGGCCUCUUUCAAUCGGAUCGGACUCAGGAUGUCCCAUCGCAAGUUUUCGGCUCCGCGCCAUGGGUCCUUGGGCUUCUUACCUCGUAAGAGGAGUCGCCGUCACCGGGGUAAGGCCAAGAGCUUCCCCAAGGACGACCCGAGUAAACCCGUCCACUUGACUGCCUUCCUGGGCUAUAAGGCUGGCAUGACUCACAUCGUCCGUGAGGUGGACAGACCAGGAUCAAAGGUGAACAAGAAAGAAGUGGUAGAAGCGGUCACCAUUGUGGAGACCCCUCCCAUGAUUGUAGUUGGCGUGGUGGGCUAUGUGAGCACCCCCCGCGGACUGCGCUCCUUCAAGACCGUCUUUGCCGAGCACAUGAGUGACGAGUGCAAGAGGCGCUUUUACAAAAACUGGUACAAGUCCAAGAAGAAGGCCUUCACCAAGUACAGCAAGAAGUGGCAAGAUGAGGAAGGCAAGAAGCAACUGGAGAAGGACUUUGCCUCCAUGAAGAAGUACUGCCAGAUCAUUCGCAUUAUCGCUCACACGCAGAUGCGUCUGCUGCCCCUGAAGCAGAAGAAGUCUCACCUGAUGGAGGUGCAGCUUAACGGCGGCUCCAUCGCAGACAAGGUGGACUGGGCCCGCGAGAAGCUGGAGCAGGCUGUGCCCAUCGCUAAUGUCUUUGCCCAGGACGAGAUGAUCGAUGUCAUCGGUGUCACCAAGGGACACGGAUACAAAGGUGUGACCAGCCGCUGGCACACCAAGAAGCUGCCCCGCAAGACCCAUCGUGGUUUGCGCAAGGUGGCAUGCAUUGGUGCCUGGCAUCCUGCUCGCGUGGCCUUCUCUGUGGCUCGUGCCGGUCAGAAGGGAUACCACCAUCGUACCGAGAUCAACAAGAAGAUCUACAAGGUCGGUCAGGGCUACCACCAGAAGGACGGCAAGCUGGUGAAGAACAACGCCUCCACUGACUAUGACCUGUCCAACAAGAGCAUCAACCCUCUGGGUGGUUUUGUCCACUAUGGAGAAGUCACCAAUGACUUUGUUAUGAUCAAAGGAUGCGUGGUUGGAACCAAGAAGAGAGUUCUCACCCUCCGCAAGUCUCUGCUGGUCCAGACAAGCCGUCGCGCUUUGGAGAAGAUCGACCUGAAGUUCAUUGACACCACCUCCAAGUUUGGUCACGGCCGCUUCCAGACGGUGGAGGAGAAGAAGGCCUUCAUGGGACCCCUCAAGAAGGAUCGCCUCAUCAAGGAGGAGACAGCCUAAAGUCUGCCAGCUCUGUCUUUCAAGUCUGCAGAAUUUAAUAAUAAAACCAGAUGUAUUCAAAAACUAA